ACAUUGUCAACAUACGCAGGAGGCGUCUGCGUCGCACGGCUUUAACCAGUAGGUUUUUUAUUUAAAAAUAUAAUUAAGCCUCGCGCUUUGUUUUUUGUUGUUCGCUGCUGUCCAAACACAAGCCGCAAACGUGACUCGAAUAAAAGCUCUAUAGCGCUUGUCAACGCAGCAGCAACAGCAAUAGCUAAAGCUUCGUUUCGUGCAUUCGCCCCUCGCAUAUUUUUUUCGCUGCCUUUAUUUUGUGCUGUCUUUCGUGCGCGCAUUUCCAUGGAAAACGUUAAUUUUUGUUUAAUUUAUGCGAAAUUACACAAAUCUAAUGUGAGGAAUAUGUAACAAAAUAAACGCUGGAACCAACAACAACGGACAACGAAGGGGUAAAAACUCAAGAAAAAUUUGUGCAAAAAACUGUGACGACGAAAGCAGAAACAGCAGCAGCGGCAGAGAGCGGGGCAGCGUUGCGGAUUGUGCAUUAGUGUUUGCGUGUGUGUGUGUGGGGGCCCAACUAAAUUAAUAUUAAGCGGUCUUCUCCUGCACCUCAAUUCGUCUCGAUUAUGACGGCGAUGAUGGCCAAUUUCCAUGUACAACAUUGGCGCUUCCACAGCCAGCUGCUAUUUGUGCGAGUGUAAACAAAGCAUCACACACACACAUACAAACGCAGGGCAGGCAAUAUAAGACGAAGCAGACGGAGACGUCGGCGUCGACGUCCUUCACCUUGCGCCUGCUGCGGCUGCGACGUCUGUCCAAGCUGUGCACACAUAUUGAGUUUCAGUUUCAUCUUCACAACCUGUUUACCAGCAAGACAGGAAGUUUCGCAAAGUGCAGCAGCCGACAACGACAACAACAACAAUAACAACGACAACGGAAGCGUCAACGCUUCGCUGAGCCACAGCCUGUGACUUUAUUUGGUCAGAAGCGGCUGCAGCUGCUCCCAAAAAAAAACCAAAACCACUCGACAGAAGCUUGCUUGAUUCAUAGAAUAAUGGGUUCGCCUGCGGGUGGCGAUGGCGGCGCCAGCGAGACGGCCUGGCUGGAAGAUUUGCUUCGUGAGGUGCAGCUGGAACAGUUCCUGGAACGCAUACGCGAUGAUCUGCAGGUGACACGGCUGGCGCACUUUGACUAUGUGCUGCGCGACGAUUUGGAGCGCUGCGGGCUUGGCAAGCCGGCCAUUCGGCGGCUCAUGGAUGCAGUGCGCAAGAAGAAAGCGCAUCAGUGGCGCAAGAAUAUACUCUCGAAGCUAAUCGGCGGGGGCAAGCAGCCCUCGUCCAAGAAGCAGCAGCAACAGCAGCAGCAGCACAUGCAGCCGGGCGCGUUGACGUGCCUGAUCCAUGAGAAGGACAUCACGCUGGGCUUGAAGCUGGGCGAUGGCUCUUUUGGAGUGGUGCGACGCGGCGAGUGGAGCGCCUCGCCGGCUGGCAAGGUGCUCCAAGUGGCCGUCAAGGUGCUCAAGUCGGACAAUCUAACCCAACCUGGCAUCAUUGACGAUUUCUUUCGCGAGGUGCAGGCCAUGCAUGCCCUCGACCACUCGAAUUUGGUGCGUCUGUACGGCGUGGUGCUAUCACAGCCCAUGAUGAUGAUUACGGAGCUAGCGGAGCGUGGCUCGUUGCUGGACACACUGCGCAAGCAGUGCCGCCACACCUCACUGACCCACAUCUGGAACUGGUCCGUGCAGAUUGUCACUGGAAUGGCCUAUCUGGAGCAGAAGCGAUUUCUGCAUCGUGAUCUCGCCUGCCGCAAUGUUCUGCUGGCCGCUGGCAAUAAGAUUAAGAUUGGAGACUUUGGUCUAAUGCGUGCUUUGCCCCAGGAGGAUGACUGCUACGUGAUGUCCGAGCAUAAGAAGGUGCCGUUUCCCUGGUGUGCGCCCGAAUCGCUACGUUUUCGUCAAUUCUCGCAUGCCUCAGACACCUGGAUGUUUGGUGUCACGCUGUGGGAGAUGUUUAGCUUUGGCGAGGAUCCCUGGGUGGGGCUGAACGGCUCACAGAUCUUGCGCAAGAUCGAUCGAGAGGGCGAGCGACUGCAUCAACCAGACGCCUGCCCGCCCGAUGUCUAUGCUAUGAUGCUUCAGUGCUGGGAUAAGACGCCAGCGGAACGACCCACGUUCGCGGCACUCAAAGAAUAUCUGGCCAGCAUGUCGCCGCCUGUGAUGCGCGCCUCGCGCAGUUAUCAUGAUGCCAAGGGCCUGCAGAUCGAGCUGGGCGAUACCAUUGCCAUCAUCGAUGGCCGUUCGGAACUGAAGCUAAUAAAGGGUCAAAAUCAGCGCACCUACGACAUUGGCAUCUUUCCGCGCUCCCUGCUGGAGCAGCGUCGUCAAAACGAUAUACAAAUGCGUGGCAACAACGCAACGCAUGGUUCGUCCUUUGGCAUCUGCUGGGGUGGUGGUGGUGCUGGUGGUGCGCUGCCGAACAGUGAGGAGCGGCAACGCAAGUGCGCCUCCCUGAAACCGCAAGCUACGCAGUCAGCUCAGACCGGACAUGCCAAGGAGCGCAAGUCCAUAUCGAGCAAGCAGUUUGCCUACAACAAGCUUGUCAACGAUUCGGCUGGGCUGCAGCGACGGAAUGCGGUGAAAACCAAGAGUCUGGCGGGUCCACAGCGACCACCGCCGCCUCAGCAGCAGCAGCAGGAGGAGGGCAUACUGAUUGACAUCUCGCCAGAGAUGAGACCUAGUGCUGUGUUGGGUGUUGGCGACAGCUCCUCGCUGCAGCUGGACAGCAGCUUUUGCCUGCUCGAUGCGCCCAUUGAUGUGCCCACUUUCAAUGAGAGUGGCGCAGGCACAACCUAUUCGUCGGGUCCCAAUACGCCCACCUUCUUCAACGAACAGCCGCAGUUCGACUUCGAAUCGAACGGUGCCUCGCCAGCGCGACUGCAGCCGCCGCCCUAUCAAAUGCCGCCCACUUACUCGAACACCAUGGAGUUUGCCCAGCAACAGAAGCGCGAGCAGCAGACGCCCGUCCGCGAUCCGUUCGAUACGAGCAGCCUAGACGCUAGUGCAGGCGCUCUAAUGCUCUACUCAAAUGCGCCAACUCCUGAUCCAGUUGCUGUCGUUGCUCCCAUCUACGGCAGUCCAGCAGCGCGCAAGAAUCUGUUUGGUCUGUCCAAUGGGCAUGCGAACAAAGAGAACAUACCUGCUUUGGAGUCGGCUGCCAUGCAGUACAAUCUAAGCAAUCUCUCCUUGGAGCGGAAUGAGGUGGUCGCCAAUGUGCAGCUGCAGCAGCAGCAGCCACCGACUACAUCAGAGAGCGUACUGCUGGACAAAUCCUUCAUAGCUGAGCUAGAGAAGGAUAUGUACAGCGGCAGCAGUAAGGCGCAGGAGGAUUACCAGCGCAACUCGGCGCAGAUGUAUGCCAACAAAGAAGUCGUCUACAAACAGAAUCUCACACCCUUGAAGAAUGCCGCUGGUAGUGGCAAUCACUCUAAUCACUCCAGUCCCACAUCCAAUGCCAGCCAGGCGUCGCCCACACCCAAACAGAACAAUGUGGAGACUGCCGCAGCAGCGGCAGCAGCAGCCGCUGCCACCACCACGACCACGCAGAGUCUAGUGAAUCGCAUCUGGUAUGAGCGUGUGACUGCCAUGCCCUCCGAGUAUUACGCACAGCCGCCACCCGAGCAGUCGGAGCAACUGUAUCAGAACCAUUUGCAGACACAGCAGUCACAGCAAAUGCAACAGCCGGAGACGCACCACUCCUUUGUGGCCAUCUCCAAUCGGGUGGUGGCUCCGAAGAGCAGCGUCUAUGCCUCCAGUUCCUCUCUCUAUGGCAGCAUUGCAGCCACUGGCGGAGAACGCUAUGAUCCCGUGGCUGCUAGCAUGGCUGGCUCCGUCUAUUACGGCCAGGUGCCUAACGGCGCCGGUGGCGCUGCUCUUUACGAUGAGGUCCCUCUGGAUGAUUAUCUGCGUCCGCAUCGCCCGGCGCCUCUGGCACCGCCACCACUUUCGGCACAGCAGAUUCAGCGGCGUCUGGACAAGAUGCGCCAGCAGCAGCAGCAACAGCUCGAAGGCGCACAUCAGCUGUAUGCUCCAGUGCCGGCAGAGGCGCAGCGUGAGCAGGAGAAGCUGCAGCAGCUGCUGCUCGAGUUGGGCAGCGCAGCUGUCGAGCAGGAUGUACGAAAUGCGCUACGCGCCGCCAGCGGCGAUGUCCAACUAGCUAUGAGGCACUACAAAAUCGAUCAGCUCACUCGGCUGGGCGUGGCAGGCAGGCCGCAAUGUGAGCAGGCGCUACAGCAAACCGGUUGGAGCUUGGAGAUGGCUGCGGAGGUGCUGCUGCAGCAGAGUUAAAGGAUGAGCCAAUUAGUUAGCAGAUCGGGCACAAUACGUUUAGUAAAGCUUCAUAUAUAAAUUAGUAUUUGAUUGACCUUGUCUAUUUCAUAUUUAUUAACAAAUAAGUCUCGAAUCUGCGCGAAAUACUCUCGAACUAAGAUGAAUACAAUUUCAGCAAAUGGAAUCAAAUGUCCAAUGACUGUAACACACACUCACACAAAA